AUGAAAGCUAUGCAAUUUUAAGCAUACAUGCCCAGAGCACGCCCACUUAGACGGAAACUUCUAAUUGGCUAGCCUUUUUCGUGUACGUAAAAGUGAUGGUGAUUGGUUAAACUUUUCCCGCCAGGAGUAGACUCGUUCCCAAGCAAACUCUGUCAGAGGAUUGGACUUCCUGUGUUGCAAGUACUGGCCAGCGGUGGUUAUAUAUCAAAAUGGCGGGAAAAUUCGAAAACUAGUAGAGCAGUUUUAAAAUCAAUAUGUGGAAAAGAAGUGACRUUUCUUCUUGCACUUGCAACGAAAAAAACYACCGCCAUGUCCACUGUCCUUGUAGUACAUGCAAUGCUCGCGCAACUGACYGAAAAACUGAACUGAGACACUGGCAAGAAGCAAACAGAGCUGCCCUGGAAACAUCCUUUCAUCCAACAAUCGAAUCUGAAUCUAUGCACGAAACAAGCUUAARUACAGCUGGGAGUUCUGAUCAUGAGUCUAUGGACRUUGAUGUAGAAGAAAGUUUGUAUGAAAGUGAAGAUGUUGAUAAUGAUAACACCAUUUUAGAAAGCGGAACCAAUGGCUGUCAAGAAGUUCCAUCACCGAAUGUAGAUACAAUCGAAGACGAGGCUCUCCCGGGUUUGACUCAUCAUGAUUCAAACCCUCUGAAAAAACUUGUAAUUGAUGCUGUGUUAAAUGCACUAAAAAUCCAAAAAAACAGUGGGGUCUCAAUAAAAACAUUUGAAGAUAUUUUAGAAUAUGGCAAAAGGUUACUGUUGGAUUCAUCUUCACAAGAUGAAAAGCUCUUUGAUAAAGAUAUUUUGAUAACAUUGUGGCCACGUUCAUGGAAUGAUGUCCAAACACUCUUAAAAGAGGAGGGUUAUCAAGAUGCCAGGGAAUAUUUUAUUUGCUUUUGCCAUAGCGAAACUCAAUCUGCAAAUUCAAACAAUAAAAUCAAAUACAAUGGAAAAUAUAGUUUAAUGUGUAACAAAGAUGACAAAUGCAAGUAUUGUGGUAGAAAAGGCAAUAUUGCAUAUUAUUACCUUGGUCUAAAAAGCAAAGUAAAAAACUGGUUUCGGGAUGAAACCACAUUGAAAAAAAUGCUUGCUCACUGGGAUGAACGGGAUCAUUGGCUUGGAAGAGAAGAAGCCUGGCCCAUAAAGAAGGAAAUAUGGGAUGGAAAUCGAUGGGUAGAGCUASAGUGGUUUUGGGACCCCACUAAGACCUGGGUUGUUCCAUGUUGUUGUAGCCAYUGUGGUAUUCCCAUAUCUGCCAAGCAAUUAAUUGAAUCACAGGAUUCUGUUACAGAAGGUAUUAAACUUGUAGAUUGCCCAGAAUGUCUGGAAUCAUUCGAACACCUUAUCAAGACCACUUCUGGGUGUCCACGUAAUAUUGCUCUAAUAGGUCACUGGGAUGGGUGGCAAGCAUUCACAUCCAGCUCAAGAAGCUGUGGAUCUUUAGAAGUCACAAUUGCUAAUUGUAAAAAAGAACAGCGAAACCACACAGAUGAAGUGUAUGUUCUUKGUUUUGUUCCAUUGGCCUCCACUCCAAAUCUACCCCAAACCUAUGAUCCAUUUCUGCAACCACUUAUGGAAGAUCUCUGUGAAGGAUUUGUUAAUGGCUUCGAGGUCAGUAUUCCAACAGAACCAAACCUGAAAAGAGUGCGUGUUUUACUUCUUUGUUGGUCUGGAGAUCAUCCCGGACAGUGCGAGAUUGGAAAGCUGUUGAACCAGGGUAAAUGUGCUUGUCGUAGGUGCAAGCUUGUUGGUCAACAUUUACCAAUGAAUGAUUCAAACAACCACAUGUACUAUGGAGAUAAUCGUGUUCAUUACCGACAUAAGUGGGAGUGUCGUGACAUUUCUCUUAUGUUGACAGACCUCUAUGAUGUUGAAGUUGAAUCACGAAUAAGUGUCAGGAAAAAGAUGUCCUCAGAAACAGGAGUUACAGGAAUAAGCCUUCUGCAUAAAUACUUAUAUCCUCUGUAUGGGUUUGACAUUCUUAAAGACUUGACAUUUGACAUAUUUCACACUGUGUGUCUGAAUGUCGUCAAAAACCAAACAGAAAGGCUCCUAAAUUAUGGCCUAGUAGACAAAAAGUAUCUUGACAGGGAAAUAAUUGGCUUUUCAUGGCCUAGAGAGCUAAAAUGUGGCAGACUUCCCAAGUCAAUCCAAGGAUACAACGGGACUUUAGGACAGUGGAAGGCCGAGGGAUUACAGAAGUUUUCAUUCCCAAUGGCCGAUUGUAUACUUAGCAACAAGUUAGAGGCACUUCAAGAACAAGAAAUACAGCAUUUGAUAUCAAGGUUGACUGAAAUGCAUUUCAACAGUGGAAGRUAUGGCUGGACAAAUAGGAUGAGUGAAGCCCAUCAACAGCUGGCAUGGCGUCUGAAUAUUUUAAUAGAAGAAGUACAAGGCCUCCAUAUGUGCACCAUUUCUCUGGACAAUCUUCUUCAUAUACAUGAAGAUAUCAACAGAUUUUCAGCUACUGACAACUAUUGGUGUGCAGUUUUUGAAAGGGCAGUAAAGGGCUACAUAAAAAGAUCUAAUAACUGUAAAGGUAUUGAAAAGACAUUUGCAUUAGCUGAAUCUAGAAGAGAGUUCCUGAAGCCAUACUCAGAUGUACAAGAACAGAAUGGAAAGUUAGACAUGAACGUGGUAUGUAAAAAUAAUGAUUUUAAGUACAUGUAAGUAAAAACUUGUUGSACCAAAAUGUGUACACUUGUACCGUUAACUGCCUUUGCUCAUGAAUUUUACAUGUAUAURUCCAUCUGAAUAAUAUUUUAAUAAGUCUUUUGAGAUUUAAUCUUUUCAAAUAACACUUCAUAUAAUUGAUUGAGAAUUUUUGAGUUUUUGAAACGGUUUGAUAAACUUGCAUAGCGUGUUCAUCAGGUCUG